CCUACUUGCAUCCUCUCUUUUCAGAGCUGCGAAUCGAAUGCAAUAGCGAGCAAUGGGACUCGGAGAAUAUUUUCAAGAAAAGUUAAGAGAACCAACCCCGGAGGAGGCGGAAUAUGCCGAACAUGAGAAAGAGCAUGACGACGACGCGACACUAGGAGCUCAUCAUGGACCGAGUCUUACGAGUUGGAAGGCGAUCAGCAUAGUCGGAGUAACUUCGACGGCGAUGAUGUUGAACAUCUGUGGUGUCACGUCAAUGAAUAUCGCAUUACCGAGUGUUGGGAGAGACCUUGGUAUCCCGACCAGCACGCUACAAUGGCUCAUGAGCGCCUAUUCUCUAACCGCCGGCUGCUUCCUCCUUCUCUUUGGUCGGCUCGCAGACAUCUUUGGGCGCAAACACGUUUUCCUGCUCGGCGACAUCUGGCUCAUUGCAUUUACCAUCGCGUGCGGCUUCGCCCAGCAAGGAGUGACGAUCAUCCUCAUGCGUGCUUUUGCGGGCAUGGGCAUCGCUGCUACGAUACCGGCGUGUUUGGGGAUAUUGGCUAGGACGUUCCCUCCUAGCAGGGCGAGAAGCAUCGCGUUCGCCACGUUCUCGGCUGGAGCACCGGUUGGGGCAGCCUUCGGACUUGUCCUAGGAGGAAUCUUAACCCAAUAUGCGGCCAUCUCCUGGCGAGCUAUAUUCUUCGUAAUGGCCGGAAUUGGCGCUUUGACCUUGAUCGGCGCCUGGUUCAGUUUCCCACCUGAUGCGCCGCUCGCCGAGGACAGACGGGUAGACUGGACCGGGGCGCUACUUAUCACAGUCGGGCUAGUUUUGUUCACGUUCGUCUUGGGGCAGGGAGAGAUCGCUCCCCAGGGGUGGAGAACGCCUUAUAUUAUCGCUCUCCUUGUUGUUGGCUUGAUGAUGAUCUUCCUCUUCAUACUCUGGGAGUACCACGUCGAGUUCCGCACGUCGCGACCGCCGCUCAUGCGACUCUCCCUCUGGGCACGCGCGGGCGGGCGGUUCGCCGCCGUGCAGCUGAUCGGCUUCCUCGCUUGGUCCGCAUUUGCCACAUUCUCGUUCUGGGCGACGCUUUACUACCAAGAGUACCUCGGUUUACCGCCAAUCCAGACCAUGCUUCGCUUCCUACCCAUGGCAGUAGCCGGCUUCUCCGUCAACGUAGUCUUCGCACUAGUAUCCGGUCAUGUACCCGCCAACUACCUGAUCAUUAUCGGCUGCAUCGGCACAGGGCUCGCUAACCUCCUGUUUGCCGUGAUCAACACGGGCAGUCCAUACUGGGCAUUCGGCUUCCCAGCAGCCAUCCUGAGCGUGUUCGGCGCAGAUUUCAUCUUCGCUAGUUCUACCCUAUACGGCGCCAAGAUCGCGCGACAUCAUGAGCAGUCCCUUGCAGGAGGCAUAUUCAACACCGUCACCCAGACAGGGACCGCAUUCGGGAUGACGAUCACCACGAUCGUGUACGAUACGGUGGUGUGGUCGCAGAGCGCAAAGGAGGGUGUGGUGCUAGACCAAGAUGGGACGAACGCGAGCCCUGCGGCGCAGUUGUUUGGACAGAGGUGUGCACAGUGGACUAGCUUUGGGUUCGCUAUGGCUUCACUCGCGGUCGCUGUGGUCGCGCCACGUGGCAUGGGUAUCAUAGGGGGAUCCGGAAAGAAGUCGGCGCCCAGCGAGGAAGAUCCGGCUGAGAAGGAGAAGGACCUCGAGGCGUCCCCUGAGAGCGCUGAGACGUCCGAGGACGCUGAUGUGCGCCGGAAUGUUGCGGAGACCGCAGAGCCACAGAGUCCAUCUGCGGUACGAGCCGCGACGCCCCACCCGGCGAAUAAUACGUUGGCGAUUCAAAGAGGAAGCCCUCUCAUGAGAGUCAUGACAGAAGACACUGUAGUGGAUGAGGAUAUGGACAACGACAAGCCACAACAAUAACAGCAGGGAGCAACCGCGGCUUGUGACCCUCGAUGCAAUGUUGAUUGGACGAAUAGAACCGACGAUGCACGACGGUUUUCCCCCUAAUUCCUUGGUUCGUUUACGAAAUCCCCUCUCGGCAUUCAACCGCACACUCGAUAGAACUUUGCAUUCAACGCACUUGCUUGUAUUGUUAGGAGACC